AUGGCCCCAGUUAAUAUCUUAGAGGACCCUCCUAUAAACUUACCUAUUAUAUGGCCUCCUGGCUUCCUCUUAUACUUCCGGCCAGCUCCUAUAUAUAUAACUGGUCUGCUUACGGGUUACUAUAUAGCUUGCGGAGCCCUCUAUUUUAGUUAUAUAAAUAAUUGCUUUAAGGCCUAUUAUAAGAAGGGUAAUAUAAUACUUCCUUUAAUCCGCAAGCCUUCUCUAUAUCUCUCUUACCUCUUUAUAAGUAAUAAUCUACUUUACCGGGCCUUUCGGGUAAAUAUCCGGGUAUAUAAUUAUACUUUUGCCUUUAUAUUAGUUAAGUAUAAAAAGGAUAUAUAA